CCUUUGAAUUUAUCAUCGGAAUCGAAUGAUGAAGGUAAGCAAAGUUAUUACUUUUUAAAUUGGUCGUUAUCUUUAAUUAGUGAAUAGUGUUUAUUGAAUAACUUUUUUCGCUUUGGAAUGCUCUGGGAUUGACUGCGGGUCAAUAACUUUGACAUUUACCAAAACGCAAAGUAGAUAAAUAACGACCUUAUUUCUGCAUCGGGCUAGACUGCGAGUCUUGAACGAUGACAACCAAGCAGAAUAUGUUGCAUUUAAAAUAAAUGUAUCGUUCAUCUGCAAAUUCAAAACCGAAAAACCAAUGUAAAGUUUUUCGUGUUAUUUUUAUCGCCUACCUACAUAAGGCCUUUUUAUUUAUUUUUUGGACAUACAUUUAAAAUUGCUAAUUUAAUUUUAGAUUUUGAACCUCCCGUACGAACCAUCGACGACGAGAAUGAUAUUAUUCCGGAACCGGAACAAAUAACUAUGGCACCGGAAAUAUUAGUACCAGCCACUGUGCAGGAACCUAUCGACAACGUCGACUCGAAUAAUGACCAACCGGGUCCCAGCACGCAAGCCGAGCCCUCGGUCGAGAACGAGCUGGACCCUGAACUUUUAUCGGCUCUUGGUGAAUUCACGUCAGAUACACCCGAGUAUGGAGAAAAUAUCCAUGAUAAUCUAUCAAAAUUAUGGCUUCCUUUACUGAAAAAAGGAAUGCCAAAAGAUAGCAAAGACAAAGUAUUAAAGGACUAUUUAGUUCCGGAUAAUUGUAGACUUCUACAGGCGCCAAAAUUGAACGCGGAGAUUUCCGCUGCCGUCCCAGAUAUGGUUCGCAAUCGCGAUAAAACACUUGCCACUUCUCAACAACAACUUGGUCUUGGGAUCACGGCCAUCAACAGAGGCCUGGAUAUCCUCUUAAAAAGUGACAAUAAGAUCCUAGCGAUGAAACAUCUUAGUAACGGCUGCCGACUUUUGUGCGAUUCUCACAACUUAAUGUCAAAGAACCGGGUAAAGCUUAUCACGCCCAGUUUAGACAAAUCUAUCCUGCAUAUGAUUAAUGAAUCUGAAAGAGAUGAAACAUUAUUUGGAUCCUCACUAUCGGACAAAAUUAAAGCUGCAAAGGCAAUAGAAAAACAGGGCCUUCAAAUCAAAAAGUCGGCAUCGAAACCUCAAAAGUCUGCGGCUUCGUCGUCAAGCAGUCGACCUGGGCCCUAUCAGGGAAACUGGACCGCGCCUCCUCGAUACCCGCCAGCGAGCAGGGGCGGACGGGGAGGCUACAGGAAGCAGACGACGUCAGCACCUCGGCGCCCAUAUGUAGCGUCGACGAC